CUCCCACUUCCCCCAUUUUCCACGAAGAAGAAACAGAUCAAAAUGGCGAUUCUAAGAGGAUCGGUAGAGAUUCGGAUUCUGAUAUUCGCCUGCGUUUUCCUCAACGUCAAUGUCCACGCCUUUUACCUUCCCGGCGUCGCUCCACAGGAUUUUCAAAUGGGAGAUGCAUUGAUGGUGAAAGUGAAUAAACUUACAUCUACAAAGACUCAGCUUCCAUUCUCCUACUACUCUCUUCCUUAUUGUCGUCCAGAGAAGAUCGUUGACAGUGCAGAGAAUCUCGGGGAAGUUCUACGUGGUGAUCGGAUUGAGAACUCUCCCUUUGUGUUUAAAAUGAGGGAAUCUCAGAUGUGCGCUGCUGUUUGUCGUGUAAAGCUCGAUAAGAAAAGCGCCAAGGCCUUGAAGGAGAAGAUUGUUGAUGAAUACCGUGUUAACAUGAUUUUGGACAACCUUCCGCUAGUUGUUCCGGUGCAAAGGCCAGACCAGGAUAAUGUUGUGGUUUAUCAGCAUGGUUUCCAUGUUGGUCUCAAGGGUAUCUUUGUCGGGAAAAAAGAGGAGAAGUAUUUUAUCCACAACCACUUGACCUUCACCGUUAGGUUUCACAGAGACAUAGAGACUGAUUCUUCAAGAAUCGUCGGUUUUGAGGUCAAACCGUUCAGUAUAAAGCAUGAAUACGAAGGUGAGUGGAACGAGAAGACUCGGUUAACGACAUGUGAUCCACAUACAAAGCGUGCAGUCACCAACUCUGAGUCUCCUCAAGAGGUGGAAGAAGGGAGCGAGAUUAUCUUCACAUACGAUGUUGACUUCCAGGAAAGCGAGGUGAAAUGGGCUUCUAGGUGGGACACUUACCUUCUCAUGGCUGAUGAUCAGAUCCAUUGGUUCUCAAUUGUUAACUCUAUGAUGAUUGUUCUCUUCCUCUCCGGUAUGGUCGCCAUGAUCAUGCUACGGACGCUCUACCGAGAUAUCUCCAACUACAACCAGUUAGAGACACACGAAGAGGUCUUAGAAGAGACCGGUUGGAAACUGGUUCACGGAGAUGUUUUCAGACCGCCAGAGUGCCCGGAGUUGCUCUGCGUCUAUGCAGGAACCGGAGUUCAGUGUUUUGGGAUGAUUCUCGUCACCAUGAUCUUCGCGUGUCUCGGCUUUUUGUCUCCUUCCAACCGCGGUGGUCUAAUGACGGCUAUGCUUUUGCUUUGGGUGUUCAUGGGACUCUUGGCUGGAUACGCUUCUUCUCGUCUCUACAAAACGUUAAGAGGAACAGAAUGGAAGAAAAUCGCUCUGAGAACCGCAUUCAUGUUCCCUGCGACCGUCUUUGUCGCAUUCUUCGUCCUUAACGCCAUUAUCUGGGGACAGAAGUCAUCCGGUGCGGUCCCGUUCGGUACAAUGUUUGCUCUCGUCGUCCUCUGGUUCGGAAUCUCAGUGCCGCUAGUCUUCAUCGGUAGCUACAUCGGUUUCCGAAAACCGGCACUAGAAGAUCCAGUGAAAACCAACAAGAUACCGAGACAGGUCCCGAUACAGGCCUGGUACAUGAACCCGAUCUUCUCAAUCUUGAUCGGAGGCAUUCUCCCAUUCGGUGCAGUCUUCAUCGAGCUCUUCUUCAUACUCACGUCGAUAUGGCUACACCAGUUCUACUACAUAUUCGGGUUCCUCUUCAUCGUCUUCAUCAUCUUGAUCAUCACUUGCGCAGAGAUCACGGUCGUCCUCUGUUAUUUCCAGCUCUGCAGUGAAGACUAUCAGUGGUGGUGGAGAUCUUACCUAACGUCGGGAUCUUCCGCGGUUUACCUCUUUCUCUACGCAGCGUUUUACUUCUACACUAAGCUCGAGAUCACGAAGCUCGUCUCUGCAGUCCUCUACUUCGGGUAUAUGCUCAUUGUCUCGUACGUUUUCUUUGUCUUCACGGGUGCAAUUGGGUUCUACGCUUGCUUUUGGUUCACCAGGCUUAUCUACUCUUCUGUUAAGAUCGAUUGAUCUUUUACAUCAUCACAUUCUGAGACAGCUAUCUUGAGAAUCUUGUUUCAUUUUUUUGUUUUACACAAUCUCGUUGUAGUUUUUCUUUUUUUUACUUUGAAAAGAUAUUGGUGAUAAUUUUGGGACAUGCACACAAAAGCUUUAUUUUAUUCUAAACAUAUAAUUGUCUCGUA